AUGGACAAUCGCUAUUGGAAUAAGUCUGAUGAGGAAGGUGCCACGAUCUUUCAAGUGCAGACUCAGCUCGUUGCUCUGAUGAAGGCAACAGUAGAGAGAUGUAUAUUGUUGAAGAAAAUCAACGUCCCCGAACGACGGAAAGGAACGCGAGCGGCUGUGACAGAACAUUUGAUCGCGGCAUGCGUGUGCCGUACUACGCGACGAGACGAAGAGAUAAGCCUCUCCGCGGUGCGCGAUCUGUUGCUGCCGAAAAUUGAGGAGAAUCUGUCGGUGCAGGUGACUGAAGAAGAGCCUUUAACCUGCUCAGAUGAUGAUCUAAUAAAUGUUUCUGACAUCCGAAUGGAAGAUUUGAUGGCUCUGCAGUCUACUUCGGCCAGAGAGCGUUCUCGCCGGCAUUCACUGACUGAUAGACCUGGGAAUUCAAGGACCUAUUACCUAGACAAACCGUCAUCUGUACCGCUUCUUCUUUUCGAUCUGAAGUCGCUGUUGAUUCGCCUGAGUGCCUUUGUGCUCGACAAUCAGCACUAUAGUGCAGACGACAAGAAAAAGCUUUGUCAAGUCGUGACUCGAACUAUGCUGUCAGCGGUUUGUGUGAAGACAGUUCUCCGUCUAUUGUUGCGAAGCUCGCAGUCCACGCUUGAUGACAUUGCCGCUGGCAAAAACACCCAAAAAUACCUAACGGGGCCGUUCGCACAAUUGCCUCGAAUGGUUUGGAACCGUCUAUCAUCUAAUGCUGCGUACCUGAGUAGUCUCCUAGAAUUGAUUCACCAUGACGGCUGGCAGGAAGAAAAGUCAUUUGGUGAGGCUUUUGAAUGGGCUUUGGUUGAUUUCGCGUGUUUCGUGAUAGAGUUCUGGCAGCAUGUCGGACUAUUGAAGAGCAGUCCUGCAUAUGAUUAUAGCAACACUGGUCUCGAAGAAGCGCUGAGGAAUCUAAAUCUUGGUAAAUCCGUCCAGUAUCGUGCCGGAACAAGAACAAGUGGAAGCAUGGAUUCGGCAUUUCUCUCCGUUUCUCAUUUGGAAUUACGACACGUCACGGAAGGUAAGGUGCUAAAGCUAGUUUUUAUCAUUCUUCCUACGGUUUUAUCGAAUUUGUAUGACUGCCCCUUUUUGUAUCAUUUUUGCGGAUUGUUUAUGGAGUGA